CUCUCUUUCGUGAGUUUGGCGUAGGUCUGAGAGAAGCAUUGCGAGAAAGAGAGAGCUUCGUGGAAAGGAUUAAGCCAUUUGAUCAUGUCUUCUUCUUGAUUCCAUCUCCCCCUUUUUUACCAUUUUCAUGUCUCUUCCCACCAAACGCUCUACCUCUUUCUCCGCCGCGUCCUCCUCUUCCUCCUUCCCCCCGAUGAAGAAAGCCAAAAACGGCCUCCAACAGACGCCGCAGUCUCACGACGACGACGACGACAACGACAACGACAAGGAAGGCUUCUCGAUGGAAGAAGAUCAUACUCCGGCCGCCGCGAAUCUCUCACGGAAAAAGGCUACUCUUCCGCAACCCACUAAGAAGCUCGUCAUCAAGCUCAACAAAGUGUUAAUGUUUUCAUCAAAUUUGAUGGAAGAGAAACUUUACCAACAAAUUGAAAAGGAGUGUGAAGAACACAUCUCUGCUGCUUUACAAGCUUUAGUUGGACAAAACACUGAUCACUCUGUUUUCCUGUCGCUUAUUGAGAAGUGCUGGCAAGACUUUUGUGACCAGAUGCUAUUGAUUCGUAGUAUAGCCUUGUCUCUGGACAGAAAAUACGUGAGACGCAACCCAAAUGUACGUUCGUUGUGGGAGAUGGGUCUGCAGCUUUUCCGGAAGCAUCUCUCCCUCGCCCCUGAAGUUGAGCAAAGGACUGUUACUGGUCUCUUAAGUAUGAUUGAAAACGAAAGACUAGGCGAAGCUGUUAAUAGGACUCUAUUGAACCAUCUUUUGAAGAUGUUUACUGCACUAGGAAUAUAUAUGGAAAGCUUCGAGAAACGUUUCCUUUAAUGCACAUCGGAGUUUUAUGCAGCAGAAGGAAUAAAAUACAUGCAGCAGUCUGACGUUCCUGAGUACUUAAAGCAUGCUGAGGGAAGGUUGCACGAAGAAAAUGAAAGAUGCAUACUGUACUUAGAAGCAGAGACAAGGAAGCCUCUGAUAGCAACCACUGAAAAGCAACUUCUUGAGUGUCACAUAUCCUCUAUUCUUGAUAAGGGUUUCACAUUAUUAAUGGAUGGUCGUCGUACUGAGGACCUUAAGAGGAUGUACACUCUCUUAUCUAGGGUUAAUGCGCUUGAGUUUCUGAGGCAGGCGCUGAGCUCCUACGUUAAGAAAACUGGACAGAGGAUUGUCAUGGAUGAUGAAAAAGAUAUGGUACAAUCGUUAUUGGACUUUAAGAUCUCUCUUGACACUAUAUGGGAAGAUAGGUUCUCCAAGAAUGAAUCGUUUGGAAACACUAUUAAAGAUUCAUUUGAGCAUCUGAUUAAUCUUCGCCAGAACCGGCCUGCAGAGCUUAUAGCCAAAUUUUUGGAUGAGAAGCUCCGUGCUGGGAAUAAGGGUACUUCUGAAGAGGAGUUGGAGAGUAUCCUCGAAAAAGUCUUGGUUUUGUUCAGAUUUAUCCAGAGUAAAGAUGUGUUUGAAGCUUUUUACAAAAAGGAUCUUGCGAAGAGACUCUUACUGGGAAAGAGUGCUUCGAUUGAUGCUGAAAAAUCUAUGAUCUCCAAGCUUAAGAAUGAGUGUGGUAGCCAGUUCACUAACAAGCUUGAGGGGAUGUUUAAGGACAUCGAGCUCUCGAAGGAAAUCAAUGAGUCAUUCAAACAAUCGUCGCAGGCCAGGACAAAACUGCCAUCAGGAAUUGAGAUGAGUGUACAUGUUUUAACAACAGGGUACUGGCCAACAUAUCCUCAAAUGGAUGCUAAACUCCCGCGUGAAUUAAAUCUUUAUCAGGAUAUAUUCAAAGAGUUCUAUUUAAGUAAGUACAGUGGUAGGAGGUUAAUGUGGCAAAACUCAUCAGGUCACUGUGUUCUAAAGGCAGAGUUCCGAAAAGGUAGAAAGGAGCUCGCGGUUUCGCUUUUUCAGGCCGUUGUGUUGAUGUUAUUUAAUGAUGCACAAAAACUUAGCUUUGAAGACAUAAAAGAUUCUACAAACAUUGAAGACAAGGAACUGAGAAGGACCUUGCAGUCACUUGCAUGUGGGAAAAUUCGUGUUCUGUUGAAGGUACCAAAAGGAAAAGAUGUAGAGGAUGGUGAUGAAUUUGUUUUCAAUGACGACUUUACAGCCCAUCUGUAUCGCAUUAAGGUAAACGCAAUCCAGAUGAAAGAAACGGUAGAGGAGAACGUAAGUACAACCGAAAAAGUAUUCCACGACCGCCAAUACCAGAUUGAUGCAGCCAUUAUCCGGAUAAUGAAGACAAGAAAAGUCUUAAGCCAUACUCUUCUAAUCACUGAUCUCUUCCAACAGCUGAAAUUCCCGAUAAAACAGGCUGAUUUGAAGAAGAGAAUAGAGAGUUUGAUCGAUCGAGAAUACUUGGAGAGAGACAAGAGUAAUCCUCAGAUAUAUAAUUAUCUUGCUUAGAUUAAUCUCUCUACUUGUUUUAAGCCCUCGUCACAGUUCACACUCGACACUUCUUUUAACAUUCUCCCUCUGUAUAUUUUAACAAUUACACAAUUGUAGAAGUUUUCUUACCCCGUCCCUAGAAAGAAAAGUGAAAAAAGGGGCUUCGAGAGUUGAGAGUUGCAAGUUGCAAGAGAGAUAAGUGUCUUGUGUGGUUGUAAGCUGCAAGAGAGUUAAUGAUCGCAUCACAAACAUUUCUCAACCAAUGAAUCCUGUCGGUGGAUUUCGUGAGGAAGAAAUCGAUGGAAAAUCUCAAACAAACAGUCCAACCUCUGAUUCUGGUGGAGAAAUAGGAGAGGAAUAUCACAACCAAAUCGCUUAUGGGCCAAUCACUCCAGUCGGUGGAUUUUGUGAGGGAAAAAUCAAUGGAAAACCAUUUCACAUAUUCAACUUCUUAUUGCAAACGGAGAGCUCAAGCUCCGACGACUUCCCUCCUCUUUACGUCUGUCCUUCUUUUCGUAACACUGAAGAAUGGCAUUCCCUAAUGCCGAAUAAUCCUGAUGGUAAUAACUUUGUCCCGGUGGAUGUCUUACAUUAUCCAUACUUCUUUAACAAAACAAGCGGUGAUCAACAAUUCCGGUUUUUGGUUGGAUCCAACAUCUAUGAUCAUACUUGUAAGUUCCCUCUCCUCCCUUUCUUUUGGUGCAACAAUUAAGAUCCUAUGCCAGAUGAUCCCGAAUUUCGUUGCCGACUAUGCUCUAGCUCAACGCUCGGCACAGAUUAUUAUUUCUGUGCCACGUGUAGCACAAUGUUCCACAAAGAAUGCAUAGAGUCUCUACUUGAGAUCAAACACUCUUCUUCCCCGUUUCUAUCUCUCAGACUUCACCAACCUUCCGAGGACAUGGUCAGCAUGUGGCCUUGCUCCUGUUGUCAAAUACUCAUCUUUGAACAGCUUUAUUAUUGCCCUACCAACAAAUUAAUUUUGCAUCCAGUUUGUGCAAUGAAGCCAAUACCCAUUAUUAUAAACCACCCAAAAAGACAUCUUCACCAUCUCACUUUUUUUCCUAAACAAAAUUUCUUAGCUUGCGAUGUUUGUGGCCUCAUUAGAGAACAUUUUCCGACAUAUGUUUGUGCUCGGUGUGUCUUCGUGGUCCAUAAAGAUUGUGUCUAUCACCCGUAUGUCAUCAGAAUCUCUCGUCACCACCACCGUAUCUCAUUUACCUCCUCUCUUACAUCGGGAAUAUGGUCUUGCGGAGUGUGUCGUCGAAAAGUCGACCACAAUUAUGGCGCAUACUCUUGCAACAACUGUGAUGAUUAUUUUGUUCAUACAAAAUAUGCAUUGCGAACAGACUUAUGGGAUGGGAAAGAACUAGAGGGGAUACCUGAAGAACCUCCUGAGAUAGUUGUUGAGCCAUUCGAGAAGAUAAGUGAUGAAAUAAUACUCUAUUUUUCUCAUGACCAUCACCUGAAACUAGAGGUUAGUGGAGCUUACAAUGAAGGAACGUUUUGUCAAGCGUGCAUCCUUCCAAUCUAUGAGGGGAGCUACUAUUCGUGUAUGGAUCAAUGCAACUUCAUCCUCUACGAAGUGUGCCAAUGCGCCUUGCAAGAAACAACAUGCGUUGCAUGCUCACUCACUUACACUAAAGGCUCGCAACACUGAACUUAGGGGUGGCCUAGGUUACUUUUUCUGUAGGGCUUGUGACUGUCUAAGUUGUGGCUUCGUCUAUGAGGAUCCUAAACAAGAAACGGAUUUCAGAUUAGACUUACAGUGUGCAUCGGUCUCUGAACCAUUUAAAUAUAAAGGCCAUGACUCAUGAGCAUCCCUUAUUUUUAGCUUUAAUGCCGGAAAAAGAAAAAUCGGCAAUAUGUCAAAUCUGCCAAGAAGAGGGUGACAAAUAUAAUUGUGGGCGGAAACUAACUUGCAUCGAGUGCAAUUACAAUUAUAUUAUAUGUUUCAGAUGUGCUACAUUACCAUACAAGACAAGGUAUAAGCAUGACAAACAUUUCCUCAUGUUUCGGAAAAAGGAAGAGGGAAAUGAUGAUCAGGGCUGGUGUGAUAUAUGCGAAAGCAACAUAGUAUAUUCAAGAAAAGGAGGGUUCUAUUCUUACCAUGACUACUGCUCCACCACUGUUCAUGUUGAUUGUCUUCUUGGAGAACAUCCCUAUAUAAAACCUGGUCAGUAUAAGCUUUUUUCGAGGGAGAUUGUUCUUAUUCUUCACAACAAGACCAUGUCUCGGCCAUUUUACCAUGGUAAAGAGCAUCGUUGUCAAGAUAAAGUAGUUUUCAAACAGAGAAACAAUACAUUCUGUUCUCUAUCUUGUUUAAAAGAAUUUAGAGAGUAUAUGCCAUCCUCAGUCGUUUUGCCAUAUUUGUCGUCUCAAGAGUACUAUCUCCGCCGGUAAAAUAUCUUAUUUACGCUUUGUCAUCCUUUGUUGUUUUUUCUUUUUCUUUUGUUUGGUUAAAACGCAUUGUAAUAUUCUUCAAUAUCUGUUUUCCUUGAAGUUCAAAAAAGAAUAUGUAUAUAUAUAUGCUGUUCUUUUCGUUUCGAUCUCACCU